UGCGGUGUGUGCCUCGCUGGUCUGCUCUGCUGCUGCUGUGUGUGUAUCUAGUAGUAGAGCGGACUAGCUUGACUUUGCCUUAUUUAAUUGAAGAUAUGGUGGAGGCUUAGGUAGAGCGCUAAACUGCUUGCGGCCGGUCUGACAAGCGUUUUAUUUUAGUCGCUUUUCUCCCAGCGUCUGCGUUCAACCUGUUUGUCUCGCGCUUUUACUGUCUUUCUUCUCUUUCAUGGUUUCUGGAUCGUUAAGGAGUGGGAAGGGUGGGAAUUUGAAGCAGAGGAGCAGAAUUUGAUUUCGUGGUAGGGAUCGGUGGAUCCUCGAGCAGGAACGAAGAGACUGUGGGAAGCAUUCUGCUUAGUGGCGGAGGAGGGCGGUUGUGUAGCGGGGGUAUUGCUCGUCGGCAGGAAGUGAGUACAGUGGUAGCUAUGACCAACGAGAAGCCGUCGGGAUGGAGUUUCUCGAAUUUUACGUCGAGUGUAUACAACUUUGGGAGUGCUGUCCAGAACAAAGUGAGCAGCUUGCUCCCAGGUCACGAGGGACUAGAAGUUGUUAAUCCUGAAGGCAGCCAGGAUGACGCGGAGGAGGAGGCCAACAAGGGUAGAUUCAAGCAAGAGGAUCGUGAAAGCUACUGGAAGAUGAUGCACAAGUACAUUGGGUCCGAUGUCACGUCAAUGGUUACUCUUCCUGUUAUUAUUUUUCAACCAAUGACGAUGUUGCAGAUGAUGGCAGAGUUGAUGGAGUAUUCUCAUCUCCUCGACCUUGCAGAUCAAACUGAUGACCCACAUCUGAAGAUGGUGUAUGCAGUUUCGUGGGCUGUUUCUGUAUACUACGCAUAUCAACGGACAUGGAAGCCUUUCAAUCCAAUCCUCGGAGAGACCUACGAAAUGGUGAAUCACAACGGCGUGACUUUCCUUUCGGAGCAGGUUAGUCACCAUCCACCCAUGAGCUCAGGUCAUGCCGAAAGCGCACAUUUUACGUAUGAUGUGACUUCCAAGCUGAAGACGAAGUUUCUAGGAAACUCGGUCGACGUGUACCCUGUUGGAAGGACGCGUGUAGUGCUGAAAAGAACUGGGGAGGUCCUAGAACUCGUGCCACCUCCAACGAAAGUGCAUAACUUGAUUUUUGGUCGAACAUGGGCGGAUUCACCCGGUGAUAUGAUCUUGACAAACCUUACGACAGGAACGAAAGCUGUACUCUAUUUCCAGCCUUGUGGUUGGUUUGGUGCUGGUCGUCACGAAGUUGAUGGGUACAUCUAUGAUAAGGAGGAAAUACCGAAGAUGCUAGUCACUGGCAAGUGGAGCACUGGUUUGAGCUAUCAGCCGUGUGAUGUGGAAGGAGAGCCGCUGCCGAAUACAGAGCUGAAGGAGGUGUGGAAAGUUGCUGAGACCCCCAAGAAUGACAAGUAUUCGUUCACACACUUCUGUCACAAGCUCAAUAGCUUUGAGACUGCUCCGAAGGGAUUGUUGUCUUCGGACUCUCGAUUGAGACCUGAUCGUCUUGCUCUUGAGCAUGGUGACAUGAGCAAGGCAGGUUCUGAAAAGUCAAGGUUGGAGGAACAGCAAAGGGCAGAGAAGAGGCAGAGGGAAGCACAGAAUCUGGAGUUUACUCCAAGAUGGUUCAGACUGACUGGAGAUGUUACUUCAACGCCUUGGGGUGACCUUGAAAUAUAUGAAUACAAUGGGAAGUAUACAGAGAGGAGGGCAACCAUUGAUUCGAAUCUAGAACACGAUAACGCUGACCAGAAAUCCAUUAAGUUUAAUCCUUGGCAAUUCGAGAAUUCUGAAGACCAAGGGCACGCACCACCUUCGAUCUCUCAUCCAGUCAUAAACGCGACGUCCUGAAACAUCCAUGUAUCAAAAAAAUUGCUGAUUCCUCAGUAACUUGUGAGAUGCGGGGGCCCUUCUUUAUCCACGUUAGGUACUCGUGCCCAGUGAAUCUGCUCUCCUCUCUUAUUCUGUGUAAUUAUCUGAAUGGGGCGAUAUUCACCAACAGUAUGAAGGGCAGCAUCACUAGGUGGAAGCAUUGCGUUCAGAAGUUUCUCACGCUGAGGAUCAAGAAAGAGUGCAGUGCAUCGAAUGUUUGUAGCUCCUUUCAAGUGUAAACCAGGUUCAGUAGAUUGGGCCUUUUCUCUUAUUGAACACGGUGAAACAAGGUUUAUCGCAAGCUGUCACCUUCUUUUGGCACAUAAAUUCCCAGCAAGUCGAUCUCACGUGAAGAUUUCCUAGUUCUGUUUGGGCCCAAUGCUUUGGGCCACGAUCGUCGGCCUACGAUAUGAAUUGCAUGAUUGGUGUAUACUUAUAUCUCUGGUUUCGGAACUUUUCAAGUAAACUGAUCUUGUGUAUAUUUUUCGUUUCUUAGAUGGUACACGUUUGCAGAGUUUCUGUUCCUUAGAGAAAGGUUAAUGUCGAAUGCUUUGAACUCAGGAAUUUCCUUUUUAGUCCAUUGGGAGGUACUUGUCCUUCAUCUGCUUAGUGGAAGACUUUUGAUGUCGUGUUAGCUUUUCGUUACGAGGAAGAAGACUCGUAGAGGACAUGAGUCUAUUAAUUUGUUAUAGGCUUCUUCACACCGCGGACUCCGCUGUCAACAGCAUCUGUAAAUUGUGUAAAGAUCUGCCACAGGUAGGACAUACCAAUCAAUUAUACUAGUAUCACCCAUUUCGUUCGAGAUAGAAUGAAACUAUAUGGACAUUAGUAUGAGAGGGCAUAGAGGUAUUUCACUGGAAAGUAGCCUGAAUGUGAUUGUUCCCUGGUUAAACUCGUGAGUAUGAUGUGCCGGAGUUCGGCUUCAAAAGUGCAUUAUUGUGACUAACAAUCAGCCGGC